AGCAGACAGAGAUGAACUUAAGCGAAUAACAGUCCGAGAGAAGAUGGAUCACAUACCUGUAAACUAAACCGCGCUAAACUGGAUCAUGGUUUUGUUACACGGAUUCUGGAUUUUAUUCAUGCUAUUUUCACUGCAAAGUUGUAAUGGUGUACAGGUGAUUGUGAAAGAUGAAAAGAAGUUUGCUAUGCUGUUCUCCUCCAUCGUUCUUCCGUGUCAUUACACCACCCACUCUUCUCAAACCGCUGUGGUGCAGUGGUGGUACAAGUCCUACUGUACAGACCGUACUCGGGAUUCCUUCACAUUUCCUGAGUCCCUGGGAGUCCAUGUAUCUGAUCUGGGAGCCUCGUCUCAUCUGGACUGCUCUGACAACAGCCGCACUGUCCGCAUAGUGGCCUCAGCACAAGGAUCUUCCAUGACCUUAGCAGAGCAUUACAAAGGAAGAGACAUCUCCAUCAUUAACAAAGCAGAUCUGCGCAUUGGACAGCUGCAGUGGGGUGACAGCGGUGUGUAUUUCUGUAAGGUGAUCAUUUCUGAUGACCUGGAAGGGAAAAAUGAAGGCCAGGUGGAGCUACUGGUGCAGGGUAGGACAGGUGUGCUGGAUGACAUCCUGCCUGAGUUUGAUUUGGAGAUUAUGCCAGAGUGGGUAUUUGUGGGAGUUGUCGUCCUUGGUAGUGUGCUCUUCCUGUUGUUGGUUGGGAUCUGCUGGUGCCAGUGUUGCCCUCACUCCUGUUGUUGUUAUGUACGCUGCUGCUGCUGUCCUGAUACAUGUUGUUGUCCAAAACACUUAUACGAAGCAGGGAAGAUGGCAAAGAGCGGCCAGCCUCCUCAGAUUGCCAUGUAUCAACCUUAUUACGUUCCUGGUGUUCCUGUGGUUCCUGUGGUCCCUCCUGCCGCGUCAUCCAUCAUUGAACCCAAGUUGACUGUAGUGGCUCCUUCAGUAGAAAACAAUAUAACUGGAGUGCGCAGUGGCUAUCGACUCCAGGCCAGUCAGGGUCAGGACGCUAUGAAGGUUGUGUACUACGUAGAGAGGGACCUGGCACAGUUUCACCCUACCGAGGGGGGCAGUCAUCCAUCUGGCAGCCUAUCAGAACUGAGCUCUCUGCAUGAUGGUGACGUAGACUUCAGGCAGACCUAUCGCCAGGUCCAAAGGAAGGCACUACCACCCAUCAUUGACCACAUGGAAGAGCCGCGUAUCCGAACAGCAUCGAUCGGCCAUGGGCUUCGUCCCUCACAUUAUCAGAGCAAUCACUCUCUGGACGAGCAUAACAACAGAUGGAACUGUCGUUCUGAGCACCUGCCCCGCAAAGCCUUUGAUGCUAGGGGGCGCACAGGGUCACUAGAUGAGCUGGAAGAGUUUGCUAUAUCAUACGGCCCACACGGUUGUCGGAGAGGUGACUUUCGUGGACCUCAGCGAGACUUUGAAAUGGGUCCAAGGUCACGGGACCAUCCCAUGUCUUACCGAAAUGGGCCACGGUAUUCUCGAGGUGAUGAUGACGAUGACAAUUGGCGCCGUCGAGGCUCACCACCUUCCCCGCCAAAAAGGCACAACACUGCUGACAGUGAGCGUUACCUCACUCGCCAGAGGUCUUAUGACGGUACCUACCUGAACACUCUGCUGGAGCGCAAGGCUAGGGGCCACGGAGAGCGAGGUGGGAGGGUUGAUGAUGACAGUGACACACCCUCAAAAGGCAGUUCCAAGAAGAGCAGUGACUGUUACAACAGCAGGUCACCUAGCCACCGCCCCGAGGAGGACGAUCCUUUACCUCCGUACUCUGAGAGGGAGGCGGAGAGGUUUAGAACUGAAGAGCAUAUAGGGAGGGAACGGUACAGGACUGCUGAUCCUGCCAUGCGGCCUUUUUCAUACACACGUCCGGCCCAUGGACUGGCCCAUACAUUACAGGAGCACAGGGAGGACAGGGACAAAUCCAGGAAACUGACCACUCAUCUAAGCAGAGACUCACUAAUUGUGUGACGUCGUCAAACUGAGCUGACAUCAUACUAAUAACAUCACCAUCCAGCUGAAGAGAAAUGCCCCAAACACUAAGCAUCAAUCUGUCAGAAAGACACAUUUUAUGCAGGAUCACACAGACAUGAAGAUCUUGGGAACUUUUGCUGGUCAAGGGCAAGAACGUAGUGUGUGUUUGUUUUUAUUUUCUGUACUGAUAAUAAUGUUAAAAAAAAAAAAAACUAUUUCCUCAGACUACCAUUGCACUAAAAAUAUCUUAAAAAGGACAUUAAAUUGUUCAAAUGAUAUUCAAGUGCUUUAAACAUUCCUUGAUAUAUCUUCAGUACUGUAAUGGGACGCUGUCUCUGAUAUUUCAAUAUUGCCUUUGCCUUUGUUUGCACUGUACUGUACAUUUGUGUUAGUGUUAAUUAGUUGGCUCUCGAGGGAAGCAUGAAUUAUUGUGCUUUUGAUAAUGUGCCAUUUAUUUGUAUUUCAUGGUUUCAAAAUAAUGACUUUGAUAUGAACACUUGCUGUCUGGGCUUAUUUU